AUGGCCGUCGACCUACCCUCUACCUUUGAUAAGCCCGUGCAUAUCGGCUUCAUUGGCGGCACUGGACUGUCCCAGCUGGACGGCUUCAAGACCGUUGCCGCGCUGAAGCCCAUCACCCCCUGGGGCGCCCCGUCAUCGCCCAUCUUCAUCCUGAGCCACAAUGGGUUCAACAUUGCCUUCCUCGCCCGCCACGGCGUGCACCACCAGCUGGCACCGCACGAGGUGCCGAACCGCGCCAACAUGGCGGCCCUGCGCCACAUUGGCGUCCGCUGCGUGGUGGCCUUCACCGCCGUGGGGUCCCUGCAGGAGGAGAUCAAGCCCAUGGACUUUGUCCUGCCGGACCAGGCCAUUGACCGCACAAAGGGGAUCCGUCCCUUUACGUUUUUCGAAAAAGGCGUCGUCGGCCACGUGGGGUUCGCUGACCCCUUUGAUGGCGGCCUCGCGCAGGUCAUCAAGACGUGUGCCGAGAGCCUCGAGGGCGAUGGUGUCGUCUUGCACGACAAGGGCACCGUCGUAUGCAUCGAGGGACCCCAGUUCUCGACACGUGCCGAGUCCAACAUGUACCGCGCGUGGGGUGGCUCUGUUAUUAACAUGUCCGCCCUCCCCGAGGCCAAGCUGGCUCGCGAGGCGGAACUUGCCUACCAGAGCAUUUGCAUGGCCACCGACUACGACUGCUGGCACUCGUCCGAGGACGUCAACGUGGAGCUGGUCAUCAAGUACAUGAAGGCCAACAGCCAGAAUGCCAAGCGCCUCGUCGGCGCCGUCAUGGAGCGCCUCUCGCAGGUCGAGCACAGCGACCUUGUGGCGGCGAAGCACUGGGUUGGGUAUGCGCAAGGGGGUAUUCAGUUCAUGACCAAGUCCGAGGGUCGCGACGAAGAGGCCAUGAAGCGCAUCGAAUACCUGUAUCCUGACAUCUGGAAGUCGUGA